AUGCCUCCCUCCGUCACGCCUCUCCCGUCGCUCUACACCAUCUUCUUCCUCUACAUCGAACCCAUCGCCACCGCCCUCGGCGCCUACUACGCCCACUUCCGGCAGGACGACUACAUGCACAUGACCUGGCCCACCGCCGCCACGGCCACUGCCACCGCUCCCGUCUCGACCGGCCAGAGCAUCGUCCUUACCCAGCUGGCCAACCUGUAUUUCGUCUUUGUAAGUCAUCAUGAUGCCACAUGCCCCUCCCCCCCCCCUGACAAUGAAUGACCACAGGCAUUGAACGAGGCUUUGGUCUUGCGAUGCACCACCGACCGCCGCGUCUGGAAUACUUUCCUCUUGGGCCUCCUCAUUGCAGACUUCGGCCAUCUGUACAGCGUCCACGCGCUCGGUGGGCAAGUCUACUACCGCUUCUGGGAGUGGAACUCCAUGUACUGGGGAAAUCUGGGCUUCGUCUACAUCGGUGCUACCAUGCGCACCGCUUUCCUCUCGGGCCUCGCUCUUCCACCCGCUACCGACAACAACAACACCAAGCUGAAGUCGUAG